AGAACAAGCGCGCGGAAGCCUGAUGAUGAGCUGUUGGCAGACUUCAGACAGCAGUUCCCAGAAGUCUCUACCGGAGUCACAGAGCCUACCGCCCCUGCCAUCUCUCAGGCAACCACUGCCGUCUUUCAACCCAUUAUCAAUGCACCAGUUAAUGAGAGAGCACAUAUUGAGAAUGUAGCCUUUCGAGACAUGGACCCUACGCCCCGAGCUGUUAAUGACCCUUGGCGAUUUACACCCUCACUUCUUGAUGCCAAUGCCUUCACCUUCAACCCCCUCACACCAGGCAUUGCUGGCGCAUAUUAUCCUCCUACUCCUGGAGGAUCGGGCACCUUGCUUCCCCCUCAGGCGGUAGAGAUGGGCCCCCCUCCCGCAAUGGCUAUAACCACUGGCUUAGAGACUCCAUUAUCCGUACCAACGACUCUCGAUAUCAUCCAGCCAAGCAUCGAAGUUCCCAACUUGGCAGGCUUCCCUGCAAUAGAAACUCUUCCGAUCCCCCCCUUUGACCCUUUUGUCCAGGCACCUCCCCCGCAACCAGCCUUUGUACCAACCGAGUUCGUACAUCACGAUACGGGUUACGAGACGAUGGAUCACGAUGCAUCCCCAAUGGACUCUGAUCCAUCAGAAGAACGAAUUCCGACGAUUGCCUCUGCAUUGCACCCACAGCAGCUAACAGGAGUCCCAAUUGCUCUUCCUCUCCCGGCCUCUGCCGAGAAGUUUCGGUUUCACUCAACACUGAAUGCUCCCACAGCUAUGGUAAAGCAUGCCACCGAGAUCCCGGUAACUUACUUGAACAAGGGGCAAGCCUAUACGUUAUCUAUCGUCGAUACGGGCACCAUGAUCCCUGUCGGCCCCGGUACUAGAUAUAGAACGUACGUGCGCAUAUCAUUUGAAGAUGAACAGCAGCGACAGAAACCGGGUGUUUGCUGGAGCUUGUGGAAAGAGGGAAGAGGGACAAAUGAGGCCCAUCAAAGAGGGGGUCGUUUACAAGCCGUUGAGUAUGUUGAAGCUGGCCAACCCGCCGAAGGUGAUGACAAGAGAACGCGGGUGGAUCUGGAAUCCUCGUCCUUUGACGGGUUUUCCGUCAUAUGGACGCCGGGCUUGAAUGGUGCCGCCGAAGUUAACAUUCCUGUCCGCUUCAACUUUCUCUCGACCGACUUUAGUCACUCGAAAGGUGUCAAGGGUAUUCCUGUACGGCUCUGUGCAAAGACUAGCCUCUUCUCUUCGGAUCAGUUACCAUCGCCUCCGGAUGCAGCCCCUGAGACAUGCUAUUGCAAAGUCAAGCUCUUCAGGGACCACGGUGCUGAACGGAAGCUUUCCAACGAUGUUGCUCAUGUGAAGAAGUCGAUUGACAAGCUCAAGCAGCAGAUCGCGCAAGCGGAAAAUGGGCUGAAAGAUUUCAAACGAAAGAGAGCCGGCGGCCUGGGUAAAGCAGGGAUACCUGCCAAGCAGAAACACAAAAGAACUUGGUCCAUGUCUUCGACCAGCUCUGCUGGUGGUGCAGCUCCCCGUCUGACAUUGGAGGAGGAUUUACACUUCAAACUGCAGACGCUCCAAGAUAUGUUCACGAGCACAAGGCCUGUGAGUGUUUUGUAUCUACGGGGCGAGGAGCUUGAUGACCCCGACCUGCAUCCUGUGUCAUUACAGGGCGAAGCAUUACCGGGCAAGGCAGACUUUUUGCGCGAAGGGAGCAAUUGGCAGGCUCGCAGCACACACAGCUCCGUUGCCGGUUCCUUGGUGUCCCCCUCCCCAAGCUCACUCUCUCUAGCAUCUCAAGCAUCUGCCAUCGGCUCCGGGUUACAGUGGCAAGGUUUUGAUUCUACCGGCGUCAAGAGGGUUGAGAACCCCACUACAAUCAGCAAAACGGAGGAAGACGGGACUCUGAGUGGAUGGAUCGAGGCUCUAGGCGUCGACCCGUCUUACCGACCUCCACCUGAACGGCCAGCCAAACCGGUCGCAUGCUUCUACGUUGCUUAUUCGGGAAAAGCAGAGUCUGGGAAGAAGGAAUACCACAGAGCCAUAUAUCUUUCAUCGCGCACGCUCCAAGAACUCAACGGCCGGAUCGCCGCCAAGUGGGGACUCGACGCAUCCCUUAUAGUCCGGACUAUUCAUGUGACGAAGACUGGCAUCGAGGUCGAAAUGGACGAUGAUGUCGUUCAGGAGUUGAGAGAAGGACAAGAUAUGCAGCUCGAGAUUGAGGAUGUGGUGGAACAACCAAGCAUCAAACGAGACUGGGAGAUGUCGAUUGACGAUGGGCCCGAGGUCCCCACGUCGAUACCGACAGGCCUGGCUCUUCGGCUCAUUUUUUAG